AUGAACAGAUUCGAGGAGCUCGUGGUACUUCUGAAGGAUGCUCUCGGAGAGUCGUCUGGCUUGACCUCGGAUGAUGUGGAUGUGGAUGUCCUGAGCGACUCCAUGGCGAGAUAUGUAUCUGACGACGACGAAUGGUCCAAAUAUGCUCUUGCCGAUGCCAGUAGGGGCUAUACACGCAAUCUGGUCGACGAGGGCAACGGCAAAAGCAACCUCCUGGUGCUUGUAUGGACACCGGGUAAAGGCAGUCCCAUCCAUGAUCAUGGCAAUGCCCACUGCCUCAUGAAGAUCCUCCGCGGUAACCUGACCGAGACACGAUACGACUUUCCCAAAGAUACCCAGCCACAGGAGAUGAUGGUGAAAUCACGCACAGUACACGAGGAGAAUGCCGUCGCAUAUAUGGCGGACGAGCUAGGUCUGCAUCGCGUGUCGAACGAGGGCAGCGACUUCGCUGUCUCGUUACAUUUAUACACACCUCCAAAUGUUGCCAAAGGAGGAUGUUGGAUCUUCAAUGAAAAGACGGGCAAGCGGAGCCAUGUUCCCAAAUGCGGAUACUACUCAGCAUAUGGUCGUCUGUUGAAGGAAUGA